AUGGAAGUCUCUGAGAGUGUCUUUAUGACGUUCCGAAAGAACCGACCAUACAUCCACCAUUCGUUCUGCGAGGAGGAGGAGAUUACACAUCUUUGUUUUGCCGAUGGCUUGUUCAUUCUUGCACAUGCGGAUGUUGAAUCCAUUAAAACCAUUAAAUAUGCACUUAUGUUCUUUUCUAGUAUUGUAGAUCUUUUGAUAAAUGAGGAGAAAAGUUUAGCUUUCUACGGUGGAGUCUAUAAGGAAACGAAGGCGAGGAUAUACGAGGUUAUGGGAAUUGAGGAGGGUUGCUUUCCGGUCAGAUACUUGGGGAUCUCAUUAACGACGAGGCAAAUUCAGAUUGUUCAUUGUUGUCCGCUAAUAGAAAAGAAGGGCAACGGGUUCUUGAAUGGCUCAAUGACAUUCACUUUCACGAUAGAGAUGAUUCACAUUCAUGGUUCACAUUCAUGGGAAGUCGAGGAGGACGGAAAACUAAUUUCCAGCAAAGUAUGGGAUGCUAUUCGGGAAAGGGGGCAGGUUGGAAAGUGGGAUCCGCUUGUUUGGUCUUCAAAGAUCGCACCGAGGCAUCAGUUUAUACUUAGGCUUGCAUUUAGGGGAAGAUUGAACACAAGAGACCGGGUAAUGAGGUAUAUGGAGAUUCCGGAUAUAAGCUUCCUUUUGUGUGAAGGAAACGAGGAGUCGAUCGAUCAUCUUUUUGUUGGCUGCCUGUUUGAUAGCACAGUUUGGAGGAGGUUUGCUUUGACCAUGGGUAUGUAUUCAUUUUCGAGAGAGUUGGAGGAGAUCAAGGUUGCUUCCUAA